CUAUGUAAAUUUUUUAUUUGCUGUUUUUUCCGUUCUUUUUUACUUUUUUAAUUCAUCCACCAAUAAUUACAAUUUUAGGCUGCAUCGGCCUUACAUUAGUUGCAGUAUACAAUUUCGCCUACGGGCUAAAAACUGACCGUAAAAAGUAUUGUUUAAAAGGCAUUAAUAUUACCAUAAACCGUUAUGUUGGAAAGAAAAAUGGAUACCGUUAUUUUAAGCACUCCUCGAUUUGAUUUAAUGACACCAGUUCGUGAAGAAGACUUUGAUCAAAUCACAAAAAUAAAGUCAAAUCCUCUGGUUUCGAGCACACAGCUGUAUGGAACAAUAACUUCACGCGGUAAAUGCCGGUCCAUGUUCCAUCACUAUAUUGAUGAUGCCUACAGCAAACGCAGAAAGCGAUGGGUUUUUGGAAUUUAUACGACGGAGCGAUUCCAAAAGUUUACAGGUAUACAAACUUACAUCGGCAAUGUAGGAUUGGAAAGGGAUAGUCCUGCAUCAACUAGAGGUUCCUUGUUUUUUGAGGUAGAUCCAGAGUUUUGGGGACUAGGAAUUGCUAGCGAAUGCUUGGCAAGAGUUAUUGCCUUUGCUUGGGAAAAAGAGUUUAGCUAUCUAAUGGUAGAUCCCAUGGUAGGAAACGAAGCCAGUAUACGAGUUGCAAAACAUAACGGUUUUCGCGACACCGGACGAAAGAUCGUUGCUUAUAAUGGCGUCUUGCAACAUUUAUUUGAGUUAAAAGCACCAAAAUAGAUCAAGAAAGUUCUUUUAAAAAAAAAGGAAGUGCUAAUCCAAUUCAGUUUCAAUUGAGCCAUCAUCUGUCACUAUUUCCGAAGACACUAAACCAUUUGCAUCCCUUCUCACCGGCUCGAUUGUAGUACCAAAUUCAGUUUCCCCCGGUCGGCGUAAAACAAAUGUUUCGUCAAGCCAGUCUAUAACACUAGCAUAGCUCUCAGAGGGAACUUGCAUGCGUUCUCUCUUGGUUGUCAUUUUGCCCAUCAUAGUCAUCAAGUGAUGUUCAAAUAAUUGAAAAUUGAGCGAGUAGCCUGUAGCAUAAGCAACGAACUUUUCAACACAUCCCCAAGGAGUAGAAGUGUACCCGGCAAACAACGCAGGGUUUUCCAUGAGUCCACGAGCAGACAUAACACCGUCUGUGUUUGUGUAUUCUGCAAUUUUGAGACCCGUGUCGAGGUCAUUCACAUCGCCAUUUGCAACAACUGGUAUUGAGACGCAAGGACGGACACUACGAAUAGCUUCCAAAUCCACUGGAAAUGAGGAUCUGUCCGCACGACGUCUUCCGUGGACCGUAAUAAAGUCGGCUCCUGCACGCUCAGCUGUCUGCAUCAGCUGUCGAGUUUUUUCGAGAUCAUUGUCAAGACGAAUUUUAACCUCAACACAAAAAGUCUCUCCCAAGGCAGACUUGACGGAACGAACUAAUUCAUGCACUUUCUGAGGCUGUUUCAACAACGCAGAACCUAUACCCUCUUGGAUAGCCCAAGGUUGUGGACACCCACAAUUUAUACCAAUUGCAUCAGUAUACGGAGCAACGAUUUCAGAAGCUUGUGCCAAAAUUACAGGGUCUUCAACUCCAAACUGAACCACAAGGGACCGGUCCUUUUCAUUCGUGGAAAAAUCAAAGUAUCUGCCUUCUGGAUGCAGAAACUCUUUUGCAAGUAUCAUAGGUGUGUAAACGAUAUCCGCAUUAUAGUCACGAACCAAUUGGCGAAACGGAAGCUUUGAGUAGCGGACCAUAGGCGCUGCUAUGAAUACUGGUCGUUCAUUCUUGUGUAAUUCAAAAAUUUUGACUGGAUUAUACUUUUCUUCACGCAUCCCAAAAAAACCCAAAAACCGGACAGAUUUAAUAAAAGUAUAUACAAAAAACCACAAAUCGUCAAAGAAAAGUACUCCAGUAAGUGACAACUACCCUUCCUUUGGUCCAAUCGCCGAUAUCACAAACAGUCAACGUCUGUGGUACGGUGGAUGAAAAACACAGAGGAGAUGAAGAACAGGAUGUGAAAGAGUAGUUAGUAGCUAUAAGUUUAUAGAUUUCAAAAGAGGGGCGUAAAUUCACCGUAGUGAGACGAAAAAAACAUUUUGGAUGAGAAUUGUUUUCCGGUUAUUUUCGAAAUAUCAUGAACCUGAUUUUAGAACAACAGCUCGUGGACUAACAGAGCUUUUGGAAAGGUAGUAAUAGAAGAGCAGACAUGUUUUGUGUUUACCGAAACAGGCUGGCAUUUUUAAAAAAGGGCUGCUCCAGCGCUUCUUCUGGUGUCAAUCGUUUUUCAGGAUUGAGUUCAAGACAACGAUCCAAGAGAAGAACCAAAUCAUUUUGAAUUACACCUUCCUGUGGUGUCGAUGUUGGAGUUUCGCGGACCCUAGAUUUCAAAUCAUUCGUGGGUUUCACAAAAUUCAUGGGUUUUCGUAUUUCCCUUCCUGUUAUAGGAUCAAUCUCUACGCUGAUAAAAUUGUAAUGCUCGUCAAAGUGAUCGUUAGUAAAUUGACCACGUUUCAGCACUUUAUGACUAAAGUGUCCUUUACAUUCCAUCAUCUGUUUUAGCAUCUGGUUGUUAGAACGACCGGCAAACAAAAUAUGACCCGUAUAUAGUUCAAAAAUAGAACAUGCAACACUCCAUAUGUCUAUUGGAAAUGAAUAAGGAAUUCCAAG